AGAAGGGGACCUGGGCUGUGCUGGCGGCGGUGACCGUGUUCUCCUUUAUCAGCCGCUUCUACCGCCUGGCAGAGCCGCCCCAUGUAUGAUUGUAAGCUCCUAGGAACAGGGCCCUCCUUUCGUUCUCGCAGCCCUCUUCUCAAGAACUUCAUUGACAGCCUUCACCUACGUAGUGGCCAUUUAGCCCAGAAUUCCUCUCACUCAUAGCCGUUCAUCUCUUCAGCGGCUCUACUCCUGCUAGACGUGCCGGGCCUCUCCAUAUAAAGUGAAACCAAACUGGAAAAAUACAUUUAAAAAAAUCACUGCUCGUUUAAGUAUACAUUCUCUUGCAGCUGGGAUGAGACUCAUUUUGGAAAGAUGGGAAGCUAUUACAUAAACAGGACGUUUUUCUUUGAUGUUCACCCUCCGUUAGGAAAGAUGUUGAUUGGAUUUGCUGGUCAUCUCACUGGCUACAAUGGAUCCUUCUCCUUUCUAAAGCCUGGACAGCAGUAUGAGAGCCACUACUACCUGGGCAUGAGAGGGUUCUGCGCCUUCCUGGGUUCCUGGCUCCCUCCGUUUGUGUUCCUCAUCGUUCACCAGCUGUCCAAAUCACUAGCGGGGGCUCUGCUCGCAUCUCUGCUGGUUCUGUUGGACACUGGCUGCAUCACACUAUCCCAGUACAUCCUGCUGGACCCCAUCCUGAUAUUCUUCAUUAUCGGUGCCGUGCUGAGUAUGGUCCGCUUCCAUUCCUGUUCCAGCAGGCCAUUCAGCGUCCCCUGGUGGUUGUGGCUGGGACUGACCGGCGUCAGUUUGGCUGGAGCCAUAGGAGUGAAAUUUGUCGGCCUUUUCGUCGUUCUCUUCGUUGGUCUAAACACAGUCCGGGACCUGUGGAAGCUGUUGGGAGAUCUCAGUCUGACACUGGAAGUCAUCCUGCGUCACUUGGCCGCACGUGUCCUCUGCCUCAUCCUACUGCCGCUAGUCCUGUACUCACUCAUCUUUGCUGUGCAUUUCGCCAUUCUUAAUAAAAGUGGGCCCGGUGACGGGUUUUUCAGCUCCGCUUUCCAGUCCCGCCUGAUUGGAAACAAUCUACACAAUGCAUCCAUGCCGGAACACCUAGCCUACGGCUCAGUCAUUACCCUGAAGAGCGUGCGAACGGCGAGCGGUUACCUGCACUCACACUGGCACUUAUACCCAGAGGGCGUGGGAGCGAAGCAGCAACAGGUCACCACUUACUCUCACAAAGAUCAGAACAACCUGUGGACUGUGAAGAAACACGACUCUGAAUACGACAUAGAAGCACCCCUUGAAUUUGUCCAUCACGGGGACAUUAUCCGUCUGGAGCACACAAUGACAGGCCGGAACCUUCACAGCCACCAGCGGGAGGCGCCACUCACCAAGAAACACCUGCAGGUGACUGCAUACGGCACGAAUGGAACCGGCGACAGCAAUGACUUCUGGAGAAUUGAGGUGGCCGGUGGCAAAAGCCGGGUGAAAGUUCUCCGUAGUCAGAUCCGAUUGCUGCACCUAUCAACAGGCUGCGUUCUGUGCUCAACCGGGAAGACCCUGCCAAAGUGGGGCUGGGAACAGGGGGAGGUCACAUGCAGCCCGUAUAUACGAGAGAGCCCCAACACUAUGUGGAACGUGGAGGAUCACUGGAAUCCCAGGCUUCCAAAUAUCAGUGUGUCCAUCCUGAAGCCAUCGUUCUUUGAGAUCCUGGCGGAGUCGCACAUUGUGAUGCUGCGGGCGAACAGCGGGCUAAAGCCCAAGGAGCACGAAGUCACGUCCAAGCCUUGGCACUGGCCAAUCAACUUUCAGGGUCUCCGAUUUUCUGGUGUUAACGCAUCAGAUUUUCGCAUCUACCUCUUGGGAAAUCCAGUGGUUUGGUGGCUGAACCUGGGAUGUCUCGUCCUCUAUGUUCUCGUGGCCCUCUGUGCUGCUGUUUCCAUACAACGUGGCCUCCCUAUGUCUGACAAUGUGAAAGAGAACUUCAGCCUGCUGCUGGAGAGCGGGGGACAAAUGUUGUUCGGGUGGCUGCUGCAUUAUUGUCCCUUCUUCUUCAUGGGCCGAGUGCUGUACUACCACCACUACUUCCCAGCCAUGCUCUUCUCUAGCAUGCUUACCGCUGUGACACUAUCUGCCCUGCUCAGGCUGUGCGCCGAAGCCCUCUGCCCUUCACGCCAUCAGGCGGUAUUUGUAGCUGGGAUAACGGUCCUGGUUCUGACGCUUCUAUACAGCUUCUAUCUCUUCCACCCGCUGGCCUACGGCAUGGUGGGACCGCUCGCAGAUGAUUCCGACAGCCCCAUGGCAGGACUGCGCUGGAUGGAUUCCUGGGACUUUUAGUUCAGUGUCUUUUUGGACCUUUUUUCUAUUUGCUGUCAGUAUUAGCACUGGUAAUGUACUUGCCUUCCAUAGACCCAGAAGACCCGGACAGGGAAGACGACAGCUAGAUGACCAGGUCGUGGAAGGACUGUGAGACAUUUUGGAAAGGACACUGAACAGGUGGAACAUGUCACAGAGACAUCGAUGUUCAGCAAAGCCUUGUAAUGAGUGCGCAAUAUAUCGCUCCUAUGGUCAGACGUAGGAUUACUGCCAAAUCCACAGUCAUUGGGCAUUCACUCCUUCAGCCCUGAGGAUUGCACUACACCACAGGUUCUCAAACUCUGUCCUCAGGACCCCACUCAGUGCAUGUUUUGCAGGUAACCCAGCAGGUGCACAGGUGUAUUAAUUACUCACUAACACAUUUUAAAAGGUCCACAGGUGGAGCUAAUUAUUUCACUUGUGAUUCUGUGAGGAGACCUGCAAAACAUGCACUGUGUGGGGUCCUGAGGACCGAGUUUGAGAACCUGUACACUACACUAUAUACCUGUAAUGAGACCAGAAGCACUGGUCUGUUCCUCUGUUUACCACCUCUGUUCUAUGGCCUGUGAUGGAAGCACGGUUAGCGAACGCUGGUGGGAUACUGGCCUAUACCUCCAUAUACCAUUUCUGUUCUGUGGCCUGUGAUGGAAGCACUGUUAGCGAACGCUCGUGGGAUACUGGCCUAUACCACUACAUCCCACUUCUGUUCUGUGGCCUGUGAUGGAAGCACUUAGCAGAGUCUGAUGGAGUACUGGCCUAUACCUCUAUAUACCAUGUAUGUUCUGUGGCCUGUGGCGGAAGCACUGUUAGCGGAGUCUGAUGGAGUACUGGCCUGUGUGUCUAUAUGCCAGAAUAUGGUGUGCUUGUCAGUGUGGUCUCCUGCAAAGGUGAGCAAACCUCCGGGCUCUGGUUGUUCCCCCCCUGGCAUUUCCGUGCUUACGGAGUUGCAGCCUGUGUGAUCUGCAUGUCUUUAUCUGGCCAGAACAGCUGCCUUCCAUCCUGUGCCGUCUUUCCUCUCCUUGCAGCUGCGGCUUCUACAACUGGGGGCCGUGCUCAGCUGCUUCUUACAGAUUAACCCUUAGUUGGCUCAGAUGCAGAACCCCCCGAUCCUGGAGGGCUCUGUCUGGCCUCUAGCCCGAGAGCGAUUAAAUAGAACAUUAACUUGCCUCUGGGCCAGAGUACUGGGAGCUCCCCUCUCCCAGCGUUCUACAGUAGCUACAGGUAUAUUGUGCCUUUUCCAUAGACCGGUCUCCAUUAAUGCACGUAUACUUAUUUCAACCAUUAAAGUCACAAGAAGCCACCAGCUGCAGCGAUUAUGCCUGAUGUUCCGUCUCCUCCGUAAGGUCGGCAUCUCGGGUUUACUAAUAAGUAGGAGACGGGUUCCGCAUAGUUCUUCCAGCAUAAGUAGAUGCUUCCUAACACAGGGACUGGUUUGAAGAUAGGUUUGAAGAUAGGUAAGAACUUAUCACACAAACAUUUAAUGAUUUGGAAACCGCAUUAGUUUUCUAGGUGAUGAGACCGGUUACCGGACCUAACACAAUCCAGUGCUCACCGGAACCUUUUGUAACACUCCGAUGCUGGGGGCCAGUCACAUACCAGAGAAUCUGGGAACCAUUCUCGACGUCACAUGACCGUGACACAGCCAUUGCGGAAAGCUGCAGUGCACAAUAUGGGGCUUGGUAUAAUCUGGAUGGUAGAUGUGUCUCUAGAGCAUGACAAGUUAUGUAGCGAAAAAGCCCCAGCGCCUGUGACCUGUGAUGGGGAAUACAGCUAGGGAGGAAGGCUGGCCAUGGUCAUUGGAUGGGUUGCCAUGGGAAUGAGUCCAGAACGGGAAGAAAACAGCAGAUUAGGAUGGACCAGAGCUCACUGCCUUCCGCUGGCUGAGAAGGAGUAAUUACAGCUGCAGGAUGCUGCGCCGGUAAUUGUACCGAACGGAUUUAACCCCUGUCUGGCCGGCCACGCUGACAGCAAUGUGACAGAUAUUGGAAUUGUUUCCGUACCAAAGAAUUAUAUUAUAAAGUGAUUAGAUUGCUAAAAAAAAAUAUAUAUAUUUUUAUUAUUUUUUGUGGUCCAAUUGUUCAGCAAAGAAUUCUGUUCAGACAAGAAAUUGCUAACGAUGCGUGCUGCAGGCGUAAUUCCUGGCCGAGUAAUUAGGAUAAGCCACUCCUCCGGCGUAUACCUGACUUCAGCGCUUUGCUGGUAACCAGAUUUGCUGUUAUGUUAGUGUACAAGUCUUCCAUACGUGAUGACACUCUGACUGUGUCUGGAUAUUACAGGAGAUCAUGUGACCAGUAAUCCCUUUAAAUGCUGCCACAUUGGCAGAACUUUAAGAUCGGAUUAGUUGGCGCCGUCUCUGAACUACUAGGUUGAUGCAGUUUGGCUGUGCGGCCAUGUUGCUCCCAGACCUGUUGUGUGACUGCCGCACAUCGUCUAUCUACUGCCCUUCAAGACUAGUCCGAGCUCACGGAGGAAACGGAACCUCUCCUGAAUUAUCAUCAGGUUGAUUGUAUAACAGACUAGCUGCCUUUAUUGAUGAUUUAUCUGGGUUUCAUCUGUGAUGGACAGUGUUUGUCAAGUUGAUCAGUAAUUUGUUUCCUAAUAAAAAAAAGUCUCUAAUUGUU